GCAUCGGAAUUCCCCAAUUCAACAGAAAUAUACUUGUUUCCAAGGUGAUGGAGUUUUUUUUUAUACAUGUGAAACUCUUCUUACCAUGGAAGAUGAAGGCAACUAUACUGAAAGAACCAACAUAAAUUUAAAAACAGAGAUCUGUAAGUACUUUGAAUCUGGAGGAUGUGUCAGAGGAUCCAAGUGUUUUUAUGCUCAUGGUAAAUAGGAGCUUCUACAGGCGAAACAAGGAAUGCAUCUUGUUCAUUCUCAUGCUGCGGAAAAAAUGAAAAGAAAAUUUUUUGUGGGUGGCCUCCAUCCUCUUCUGGAUUCAGACUCAUUGAGCAAAAUUUUUCAAGAUGAAUUUGGGCCUGUGGAAGAUGCACAUGUUGUUAGCAUUAAAACAGGUGAUGAAUUACUGUCACGGGGCUUCGGCUUUGUCAUUUUUAAGCAUGAGAAUUCUGUCUUGAAGGCUGUUCAAGAGCACUAUGUAACUAUUAUGGACAAGCAAGUUGAAAUUAAAAGUGCGGUUGGGAGAUGGGACGAGUCCUUGAAGUUGUCACUUCAGCAACAUCAGAAGGAUCCAAAUGACCAAUAUCAACCACCAUUGGAGUCUUCCACUGGAAAGACUACGGAAGAGAUGCCGAGAAGGAAGGCCUUGUAAGAGACUAAAGCUGAUCAAAUCUCAUGGGUGAAUAAAUUACUCCAUGGCCAACCCAAGACGUGUUCUAAAUCUGAAGUACUCGCUAGCCCAAUUGCUUCAAACCAAAAGAUUCCAGCGUGGUUGAGAAUGUUCAAGAAAUGGCUUCCCAGUUUCUUACAAGAGGUAUCAAAAAAACCAAAGGAAGAUGAAUACCCUUUGUCAUCGUUGAAGGCAGAUUUCAGGGCUGCAUUCGGCUUGGAACUAGACCAUGUUUCUCUUGGCUACACUAAGCUUAGUGAUUUUAUGAGAUCUUUUCCCGAUCUUUGUUGCAUGAAGGUCAAGCCA